AUGCAAGGAAUUGCAUUCACAAGAAACUUAGUCAGCAUGUUACCUGCUUGGGUUGGCAAAUUAUUGUUAUUUGAGAUCGAAAAUCCAGAUGAUCCAGAAGCAGGUUUCCUCAAAGAUGCAAAUUAUGUUGACGGAUUUACGUUCAUUAGUUAUGGAAAUAACACUGAUGUCAGAUCAAUCAUCCAAUACUUAUGCAUGAGGGUUGCUAAUGCAGUUGCAAUCAUGAGCCCAUUGAGACACUUCAAGUUUGGAAACAAAUUCAUUGAAAAUGUUCGCAGUAACAUUUUCGGAAGAACAAAUUAUUUCUAUACAUUCAUUGACAACAACACAUACGAUAAAAGUCCAGCUGCUUCAAUCCAAGUUGCUUAUAUGAUGGCUAGUAAUAUCGGUAAACUUUUGGAAUAUGAAAGAAUGACAAUCGAAAUUGCAAGAGGUCCAGAAUCAUUGAAUUCAAGAAACAAUAACAAUAUUAUAACAAGUCAAUUAACUAAUGCAAUUAUCAAUGGUUGA